AUGUCGGCCGCACUGAUCGCCCCGCUGCCGGAGGGGACGCAGUCGCAGAGCAUGGCGGUGCCUACGACCAGCGCGGCCCUCGACCAUGGUGCUCCCUCCGAGCUCAGCGUCAAGGUCGAAGACACCGAGACGUCCGUCGGCGUUCCUGAUCCGGGAGCCAGCGUCGCUCACCCCAUCGUGCUCGACGAAGUCACCGUCACCGUGACCAGGCCUGCGCAGCCUGCUGCCAAAGGUCGCAGGAAGCGAGCAGCUGCACCGGCCGCCACCGCGGACAUCGCCGGCCAUGACGAGGAAGCGCCCGCCCGCAGAUCGAAGCGAGCCAAGAAGGAGGUCAACUACAAAGACCUUUCCCUGGCGGCUCUCGCCUCGACGUCCGCAAGCUUGCCGCGCCAGAAGAAGGCUGCCUCUACGACGAAGCGUGGCAGCCAGAUCAAGCCCGAGAACAUGAAGGCGGAAGACGACGCGCGCGGCGUCGAGACUGCGGUCAAGAGGAAGAACACGACCAAGGCCAAAGCCAAGGGCAUCACCGAGGUCACCGUCAAGGUCAAGGCCGAGGCCAAGCGUGUCGACGGAAAGAAGCAGGUACAGCGUAAGCGCAAGCCCGUCAACCCGGCCAUCGCCGAGAUCGAAAACGACCCCAAGCUGAAGCACUUCCCUCAGGAUACCAAGAAUCGUAUGAUUAGGGUGCUCUCCCAGCGCAUGUUCCUCAUCAACCGCUUCCGCGCGCCCGGUUACCUCGACGAGGAGUUUGACAUCCUUGGGUCGGUCGGCGACGUCUACAAGGUGACGGUGUCGGAGCAGCCGCGCUGCAGCUGCAUGGACUAUCGCAUCCGAAAGGUGGUCUGCAAGCACCUCCUCUUUGUCUACCUCAAGGUUCUUCGACUGCCCAGGAACUCGCCAGUGCUGCUGCAGCGCAGCUUGACCGACGAGCAGCUCUUUGAGCUGUUCGAGGCCGCCCGACCCAACCCCGUCGAGGAGGGCGUCCAGGCGCCCAAGCAGCUUCGCAGGGCCUGGGAGGAGUCGGUCGGCCUGCGCAAGCCAGGGCAGGAUUCGGACGACGAGGGCGAAGGGAGCGCUCAGGCCGACAAGCCAGAGGAGCCGCAGGGCAAGAGGGUGCUGCCGGUCGAAGGCGAUUCGUGCCCCGUGUGCUACGAGGAUCUUGACGCCGACGCUUCCGACGGCUUGACCUUCUGCGCCACGUCCUGCGGCAGACCCCUGCACGACGAGUGCUUCGAGCAGUGGUGCAGGUCCAAGGGCGGCCUCGCUUCGGGCUCGGUCACUUGUGUAUGGUGCCGUGCACCCUGGGCACCGCUGCACGCGGCCGCCGGCCCUUCGUCGCAGCCUGUGAUCAACGGCUACGGCAUCGGCCUCGGAAGCCGCGGUGGCGUCCAGGGCAUCGAUCAGGAACGCGGGGUCCUCAACCUGGCCGAAGCUGCGGGCGUCAGCACCGUCAGGGACACCUCGACGUACGGCCGCAAGUAA